AUGCAGGCGGGCGCCCCACACCCAGCCGAAUGGCGCAUAGAGUGGGAAGUCGCCCCCGACGGACACCGCUGGGCAAACCCUGUUAUGGGGUGGGCGUCCUCAGGCGAUGCACUGCAAGCAAUGCAGCUACGGUUUCCAAGCCGUGAAAGCGCAAUACAGUUUGCAGAAAAGCACGGAUACACAUAUACAGCGGAAGCAGAAACGGACAGAGAAUUCGGAGCAAAAAGCUAUUCAGAUAACUAUCGAGCGGAGACAAUGAAUCCGCAGAAAAUUGCACACACAAAGUAG